AUGGAGGCCCUCGCAGAGCGCGUGCGGCUCGUGGAGGGCGAGGUGACGCGACGCCGCGAGGUGCUCGCAGAUAAUGAGAACGUGAGGCUCAGGCUUGACGCAGCUGAGCAGCAGCUGUCCAUGGGCGAGCAGCGAGCAGGAGAGCGGGGCCCUGGAGCAGCAGCGGCAGGUCUCGGCGGAGGCCAGAUGGUCGACGCUAGACGGCUGAACAAGCCGCGCACGUUCACGGGCCUGCACUCAGAGUGGAAGACGUGGUCGUUCGACUUCGAGGCCUACGUGUUUGCGGUCCAACCCCGACUGGGGGAUCUACUCAACCAGGCAUCGAGGACAGCCGGCGUACUGACGGCGCAGAGUAAGGUGGGCGCCACGCUGGACACUCAGCUGUGCUACAUUCCGGUCUCGGUGACCUCAGAUGUGGCCAAGGUCGAGGUCAGAGAGGCUCCGCGAGGCGACGGGCUCUCGGCGUGGUGGCACCUGCUCAGGGAGUUCGCGCCGAAGGAGGCGAACCGCUUCGCGGCUAUGGUGGGCCGCGCCGUUCGGUGCGAGUUCGCUGACCCCGUGAUGACGAACGUGGCGGAGUUUGAGCAGCUGGCGCGGGAGUGCGCCGACCAGCGUGGUGACGUGAUCUCAGACAACAUGAAGCGCGGGGUGAUCAUGUCGGGCAACAAGAGCGAGAAGCUGGCAGACCACCUCAGUCUGAAUGCGUCGCGCCUAGGAAUCUACGAGGAGCUGGAGCAGGAGCUGAAGACGAUCUGCGCAGCGCAGCGACGACGGGCAGCGACGGGCGCUGGUGGCGACGGAGUGGUUCCCAUGCAGGUCGACGCGAUUGGCAGGGGCAAAGGGGGCCGCAGAGGCAACGGCAAGGGCAAGGACAGCAAGGGCAAAUCCAAGGGCGACUCCAUGGGCAAGAAGGGCGACGCGAAGGACAAGGGCCGAGAGACCCGCAACUGCCAUUACUGUGGGAAGGCGGGCCAUCUCGCGGCGGACUACCGCGAGAAGAAGGCCGACGAGAAGAGGGUCAGGGAGGUUGCCUCGCUGGCGGAGAGCCCCAAAGGACAGUCUUCGGCGGCAACUGCGGCUUCAGCGCUGCAGGGCAACGGCGCUGGCUCGCAGGCCAGUCUGGCCCCGGCCGUAGAUGUCUCGCGCGUGGCGGCGGUGCUGGCGCAAAUGCAGCUGCAGCAGCAGCGGGGCUUGGCCUGUGCGAGCUCAACCGUCCACAUCGCGAACAUCAACAUGGCCGGCCGUGCCGACAUCCCAACGCUCGAGGAGUACCACUGGCAGGUCGGCAUGCUCUAUGACAGGACGCAGUGCGACGCGCUGCCAGUUGCGGUCGGCGACGCGGUGGAGUUCGACUGGGCGCUCUUCGACGCGGGCUCAGGGCUCAUCACCUGCCCCCAGGAGUUCGCGGACGCGACCGAGAUGCUGCCGCCCAAGAUAUUACUUCGUUGUGUGUCGACGACAGGCGACGCGGUCAAGUCCAUGGGCACGAGGAUCGUCGCGGCCGAGAGCGAGGGGGUGCCUCUGCAUAUUGAGUUCCAGGUGCCGAACGUGAAGCGGGCCAUCGUGGGCGCGGACACCUUUACCGAGGGCGGCCGCAUUUCGAUCCUCGGCAAGGGGCCUUACAUCCUGCUGACGGACGGCCGCAAUAUCAGGCCGUGCAGGGGCGGGAAGACGUUCUGGCUCAGGACCAGGAGGCACCUGCUAACGAAGAAGACGCAUAACCUGGAGCAGACCCCGCAGCGCCAGGGCCGAUGCCACCUCCACCCGCGCCACCUGCUGCUGGGGACGCCCAGGGUCAACCUGACCAAGACGGUGAUCAGCGUGAAGGAUUGCGACGGCCACGUGAGGCGAGACCCCAAGAGUAAGGGAGCUAUCCAGAACGCCAACAAGAUGGUCGAGGGCAUGUUCCGCACUUUGAGGGCAUCGAUUGAGUCUCGGUGCAGCGCCCAGCUCACGCUGAACCAUUGGAUCAUGGGAGCUGUCUGCGAGUUCGGGGAGACGGUGAUGUGCAAUAUCCAGAACAUAUCCCACCACAAGGCUGAGAACCGAUGGGGCAAAGCCAUCUGGGUCGGGAAGGACAACCGCGCGGAGGAGCACCUCUUGACGACCGCUGCUGGCAGGAAGACGGCGAGGACCGUCAGUGGGCGCGUGGAGGAUCAGCGCUGGUCCAAGAACUUGUUCAACAAGGUCGAGUGCACGCCGUGGGGCGCUUGCGCGGGGCCAGAGGAGGAUGCCGUGAAGAUGCCGCAGCAGGACGGCAUGGGGCCCGGCGUGUCCGAGAUGGAUUUCAAGGGCGCCCUGGCGGAGGCGAAGCGGGGGCCGAAGCAGAAGGUUAUCGCAGGUCUGUCCGUGAACAUGGCGACUGCAGCUCUCGCGCUGACGCGCGACGCCGUCCCCCGCGACGACGUGACGGACAUCGCCAAGCAAGGCCUCUACGACCGCGAGGACGGCAAGGAGUCGGUCAGAUCGCGUUUCGUGGCCACGCAGUUCGCCUGGGACGUGCGCGACGACACCUUCGCAGGCACUCCACCACUGGCCGCGUUCAGGCUGGUGGUCUCCGUCGUCUCGAGCCUCUGCUUCGCGGGGAUUGGCGACGACGGCAUGAUCGCGCUCUACGACGUGUCGGUGGCUAUCUUUCACGCGUAUAUUUAUGAUGACAUCCACGUGGUCAUGGACAAGGGCGGAUCCACGCGCAUCAAGGUGACGGUGCAGGUGUACUACCACAAGGGGGGGCUGCUGAUGGUGAUCGUGCAUGGGGAUGGCUUCCUGGCUGGGUUCCGCAUCCAGCACGACCGCAAGCGCGUGAAGGUUCUGGUCAGCACCAUACUCAACAGGAAGGUCGGUGUUAGCAGCAGCACGAAGCGGUCGAUCACCCCCGCCUCCAAGACCAUUGGGAAGGAUUGCAGGGAGUCGCCGGACGAGCUCAGCACGGAGUACGCGACCACCGACCGCGGCAUGGCACCCGCCGCCCUGUGCGUGGUUCAUGGCCGAUUGGACAUCCAGCAAGCCGUGGGCAUACGUCAUCGGCUGGCGAGCUACCUGGAGCAGCACCCGCAGUUCGAGCUCUUCUUCGAGUUCCAGAGGAUGCCCAUGGUGAUCGCGGCGGAAGUCGACAGCGACUGGGCGUCCGAGCGUGGUCGGAGGUCCGUGGACGGGGGGUUUCUGUUCAUCGGCUCGCACAUGAUCGAAGGCUGGAGUGGCCAACAGGGCAAUCGCGCGCUGAGCAGCGCGGAGGCGGAGGUCACAGGGGUCGUGAACGGCUCGGCGAGAGGCAUCUGGUCGAGGAACGUGAUGCUGGAGAUGGGGUUCGAGAUGACCCUGCAGACCCACUCGGGAUUUGUGGGGGACAUGAGCAGCGCGCCCGUGCUCUCCGGCGCCGCUGUCCGAGACAGACACUGCGAGCAAGGGCGACAGCCCGGCUACACCAUCGCGGACGACGUGCCAUUUUCGCGCAUACUGGACCACGCCACGGCUCAGGAGCGGGAAUACAGGGCUCGAGAGGCGGAAGCGAAGACGGUGUGCCACUGGGGCCAGCGCAAGCUGAUGCUGGCCGAGGUGGAGUUCCUGACCAAGUACUAUGACGAGGCCCGCACCGUCGUCUACGCAGGGGCAGCUCCAGGGACACACAUGGUGUGCUUGGCAGACCUGUUCCCGAAACUCAAGUUUGUCCUGGUCGACCCGCGCCCAUUCUCGAGCCAUCUCGUGAAAGCGCAGGGACGCCUGCUGGUAGAAGGGACGGAGGAGCCAAGGAUUGAGAUUCGCGAAGGGUUCUUCACAGACGAGAUGGCCAAGGAAUUCUCCCAGUGUGCUGGAGUGCUGUUCAUCUCAGACGUGAGGACCAGCGACGACCACGACGUCGGCAUUCAGGGCGCCGGCAGCAGGGCGGGGAAGCGCGCGAGCAACCCUCGCAGCGUCGAGCCAGAGGGGCCGCCGCCAGCGGCCAGCUCGGCGCUGGCUUCGGUUCUCUACCCCUCCCAGCAGUAUGUCCAGGGCGACAUGGAACGGCAGCAGUCGUGGCAUCGUCUCAUGCGGCCGGUGGCCUCGAGCUUCAAGUUUCGAUUGCCUUGGGACGAUGGCACGACGACUUACCUGAGUGGCGACAUCCACCUGCCAGUGUGGGGCGGCCCCACCACCACGGAGUGCCGCCUGUUCGUGGAGACUCGCGGGCAGGGCGAGGGGGACGGCGCAGUGGAAGGUCUGGGAGGCGGCACGGGCACUGCGACCUACGACAACAGGAGGUUCGAGCGGCAGAUGUUUUAUUUCAACACGCACAGGCGGAUUGCCAGAUACAAACAUGAUUUCAUAGAGUUUUACAAGUGCUGCUGUUUCGACUGCACUUCAGAAGCGACCAUCUUGAUGGCCUAUCUCGGCGUCGUCCGGAAGGCCACUGCUGACCUGGCAAACGGCGUUGCAGAAUUGAGCAUGCGCUUGGACAAGGAGUGCCAUCGUGAUUAUCAGCAUCCGAGAACGCUCUUCGACCCAAAUCCGGACCCGGUGGAGAGAAAGCAGCGGAUUCUGAAGAGGCAGAAGAGGCGAUAA